GAGCUUGCGUCGUCAUCAUGUCUGAGAGCCACUGGCGCAUGCAGCUCAACAACUUCCUCCAGUCCAACGGAGGCACCAAGAUGCUCGCCUGGGAGGUCUACUCCGCCGGCCCCCCGCACGCCGUCGCCUGGACCGCGAUCACCUACAUCCACGGCGCCCAGUACGCCAAGUCCGUCAACCCGCGACAGAGCACCGCGAUGGAAGAGGCUGCCAAGAGCACCCUCGAGCAGCUGCAGGCCCAGCGCAGGCGCGGCUACUAGAGCUCGGGCUCCCGCGCACACGUAUGCUCCAGAGCGUCCACGCCCCGCUUGUCUACUUAUUCAUAUGUGUCCCCCGAGACAGCAACCCUCAGCCCUUGCCUAAUAUGUCGCACCCUUCUUUUCUCAGUCUGCCCACGCAGCCGGGGACUCUCCAUCACGCGGCCGCGGCGCCGCCCUAAUACGAACCCUUCCCCUCCGCUCUACUGUAUUCGUAGCUCCCUGUGCUCCCUGCUCCAAAGGAUGUCUCGCUAGGUUAUUUGUGCCUUUUUACUCAUGCUCUUUGUAGUCUUUGUAAUCCCCCGCUCUCAUAGUGUAGAAGUCAUGUCUCUCCCUCUCUGUAAUACGGACAGUCGGCAAUAGAGCCCUG